GCCCCAGCUGAGAGAUCGAUUUUUCAGUGAUCACGAGGGUUUGAUCUCAAAUAACAGCGUURGCGAACUUUAAAAAUCCUUUGUUUUGAUCGAAUUUCUUGUACAAUUGUGUACAUUAAUAAUGUCCUAAUGGAGUGGACUUGAUAUAUUGUAAAAUAGUGCGAAGAUGGCGUCAAAUUACAGCGGAGACGACAGUUCUCUGGAGAGAUCCUUCAAUGCCAGCACCCGUAGUUAUGGACGUGGAUCGCUCCGUCCUACGAAAUCUGUGGYUUCCCUUGAUUCAGUAACUCCUCAMGUUGACACUUCAAUAUCUGAUACAGUCACCCUAGAGCCAAGGGACAAAUUCACACUGUACAAAGUAAUUGUCAACGAAGGAAAUUCAAGCUGGGUCAUCUACAGAAGAUAUCGAGAUUUUCUACUUCUUAAUAGAAAGCUUGCCAAAGCUUGUCCCCAUUUCCGGCUUACACUUCCAGGAAAACGAUUAUUCUGGGACAAUUUUGCUAAAGACUUYAUUGACAGAAGGCAACAUGGCCUGGAAGAAUUUAUGAGAAAUGUGCUUAGCCACAGAGUUCUUGUCCAAAAUGUACACGUACAGAGGUUCUUUCGAUUUGACAACCCUCCACAGCCGAAUGAAUGCUUGGAAGCUUGUCAGUCUUAUGCACAGUCRCUUGAAGUGUCUCUAGCAAGUUUGCGGUCAAAACUCAGAGAUCAGAAUGCAGAAGUUGCAAGUUUAAAGAAUGAUUUAGCAAGAACAAAGUAUCAAAAAACUGAGGAGAAUAAUGGGGCAGAAAAAGACUCAAAAUAUGAUCACUUGGUAGAGGAUGCCACCAAGAGCCUAAAAGAGCAGCUUAAGAUUUCCCAAGAAAAUGAGCAAAAACUGAGGAAUGAAUUGGAGCACCUUCGAGAGGAAAUGAAAGCUGAAAAGCUGUCACUGGAAGCAACAAGACACCUCGAAAGACAAGAAAGGGAGCUGAAAUUCAGGAAUGACAUGCUUAAGUUYUGCCAGGACCAAGAGGAGAUCAAUUCUGCAGUCCAGGGUCUUGUGUCAACUGCAAGUGAUUUGAAUAAAGUGAGGCUUGAUGUUGGUGGCAAGACUUAUGAGGUUAAAGCUGAUGAUGGCAUAACACAGCAGAUAGCAGGAUUGAAAAAGGCUAUAGAAAAAGCUAGUAGUGAUGUUCAAACUCUCCACAGGAAUGGCUUAGCAAUAUACCAACGCGAGGCUGAGAAUUUACAGAUUGAACUUCAAARGGAAUCAUUACAAUGCCAGAAGAGAAUCCAAGAAGCUGCAGAACUCAGACAAAAGCUUGAACAGCAACAUUUGCAGUACCGAGAAGAAAGAAAGAAACUGGAUGAUUACAUCAAAUCACUGAGAAGAAGCCUACACGAAAGUCACCAGUACUCGAAUUCAACUGAAGAGAAAUAUUUCUACUCGUUGGUCAUUGGAGUKAAACUGAAUAUGGCGGCCCGUGGCAACCGUGURGUCCAYAUCAACCAGCUUAAUCCAAUGAUUUUAUUUGAACGGGUCCGCAAUCACGGAAUAUCAAUAGAGCAMUGGCCGAGUUGGCUAUCUCGUGAGCUAGCAACCGCGUCAUCCUGGGGAGAGGACAUGUCUACAGGGUGUGGUUAACACGUGGGUCAUCUUAAUCUUUGAGUCAWAUAUUAAAAGAUUCGUUGUUAGUUUUUACCUUCUGUCAAGGAAAUGACUUUGAACGGCUUUUUUGUAUGUUUUCUAGUGCAUUUUGGAAUCAAUUUUCUUACUCCUUCGUAUAACGUAAACUAGAACGCUAAGUUGUGUCUUUAGAACACAGGAAGCCCCUACCCCCCUAAAAAGAACACAAAACUCUGCACGUUGAUAUUGCCUGUAUUGGAAUUUUAAGAAUAUUAAAAUUGAAAAGUUCGGAACUAUAAAAAUAAAAUUAUUGGAAAUUGCUACCAAAUUGCACGAGAAAACUGCAUGGUUGCUUGAUAUGAUAUCCGUGAAAAAAUUACCAACAACAACUUUCUCAGCGCAUGUAACAGGUUCGAUAUAUUUAGUACGGUCGAAUGUCCAAUUCAUAGUUCACGAGACGGAAUGGUCUAAUUGGUUAACUAUCCACCAARCUAUAGGGAAAACUUUGAAAAAUAUACGAUAAAAAACAAGUUUUUUCCAAUAUUUUUUCGAUCAUUUUUUCUUCAUUCAAUAUGCGAUGGACAGUGGUCUAUCACGAAUACUUCAUAGUUCAGCAGCCAAUUAGAAUUUUGGAUUUGUAAUACGGGCCAUAGUUUGAUGGAUACGAACCUUCUUGGCCAAUCAAAAGCAAGUAAACUUUUCACCUAUAUUGCUCUAUUUUAAACCGGUCAGUCAAUGAACCCUCAUCKUGAAGUGUGUUCUUAAUUUUCACAUUUUUUUGGCGUAACAAGUUCCCCUCAGGCAUUUCGGGUGGGAAGGCGGGAAGAUUACUGGCGGGAAAUUUAUUCAAGAUGGCGGCCAUUGUWCUUUUUGCAACCAAAAGUCUUUUAAAAACUAACAACAAAUUAAAAUUGAUAUAUAUAUAUAUAGCUAUAGGAUUUAUAGAUUAGAUUAUAAGUUAGAACCUCAUGUAUAUAUUGCAUAGAAAAAAAAAACAGGAUCAUAAAAUCAUUGAAAAACUAAAAAACGGAUCCGAGAAAUUUGACCAGGAGCUACACAGAACUUCCUCCACUAUGAAGAAUUUCUACUAAUUCUACGCUAUUUACAGUUUUCACUUUUUAAAUAAUGUGAAAUCAAAUAUUCAAUUCCAAUAACUAUUUAAUUAGCAUGUAGUGAUUGCCGUAAAUUCAGAUUAAAUGGGAACAAAAAACGUCAAAAAGUUAAAAAAUAGAUAGUAAACUACACAAAACUAGAUGCGAAUGGAAGGUAGUUUGGAAAGCCACUUAGAUGUUUCAUAACAAAAAGUGUUGCGAUUUCUUUCACUGCGGUUACGGACGUAAAAUAGAAGUGAUAUAAAAUUUCAACAAUUUAAUUUUGCUAGAAAAGUGAUURAACUUUAUCAGCCAACUGUUGCUAGAAAUUUCUUUACAUUUGCAAGUGUCUUUUGAAGAUAUCAGGGGUAAUUUUUUUCAGUGGCUAAGCUUGCGACCUUUCAACAGCAACUUUUAUUUAGUUUUUGACCCCAUGUUUUCGUUUAUUUUCUAAUUUCGAGCUUAAAAAAAGGUUUCAGUUAUUAUAUCAUUUUAUUCACAACAAGUACAGUAAAAAAUUGUAAAUAUCCGACAAUAAAACGGAAUCGAGUUCCUGCACGAAAGCGAAACCACAACCAACAUAAAUCAAUGCAACCACUUCAACUAAUCAAAACAUCCUUUACACAUUAACAUUUUAGAGUUUAUAUAGCGAGAAUAACUGCAAUUUAUGUAAAUAGAGAAAAAGUGUACCAUUCAAGUUAUUUUUUAUGAUCUUGAUAUAAAGCAAUACAUCGAAAAGGGAAAAUAAAGACGAUUUUCACCCAA